GAGUCGGUGUUUAGCGGCGCGCGAGCGCUGUCGUGUAGCGCAGGUAGCCUCGUGUGCUAUCACGCGAUCGAGUGAUAGAUAGAACUAGUACUCGCAGUUUCCUCUAAUUUCCAUAGCAUGCGCUCGAGGAUCCGUGAGUCCUUGAUCGUGAACCUUGAGACUUGAGACGGGAUGUGAACGGUGUGAUCUUCAUUCUUCCCGUUUGUUUUCGUCACAAAACAAAGUGUAUUCCGAGAUAACCAAGUGCCCAUCGUGAUAACGUGCAUUGAAACUAGCGUCGUAUCGCAGUUCUCGCAUCACAAGCAGCUAGCGACUUCGACGUCAGACUUCCGCGCGAGUGUUUUGCGAAAUCAGCGAGGUCACGUUUACCCCACGCGCGUUUCGCUGGUGAUAAGUGCAGUUGCACGAAGUGCGUUAUCGCGGCCGCGUCGAUACCUGCCGCGCGACGAUUGUAACGAUUCGAGUAUGUAUGUACGUGCGGCACAACAUAGUUUUAUCGAAGUUCUCGCGACAAGGCAAGGUUGCUCGCGAUGAAACAAACGGCGAGCGCGUCGUAGUUGCGUGCUUCGCAGUUCGCGGCCUGCACGGAACAUGCGCCCGUGGCUAUGCGAAUAGAUAGGUAGAUGGGAAGUACCGUGCACUUGCGUGGUAUGAGGAUGCAAGCGAGAAUCACGUCCAGUAGUGGAAUUCUGAGUAUCCGUGUUUUUUUUACCACGCGCGAAUCUACAUGGAUUAAAACCAUAAAUGAAUAAGAGAUGAGUCCUCGUUUCUUUGGCAGUUUCCAGAGGAAUUUUCGAGUCGAGGAUCUAAAUUGUGCUUCGAGAACUCGCGUUCUCCAUCUCUUCGUGCGAAGUUGAGCGCGGCUUCUCUCAGACGUCCGGAAGUAGGAAGCCGCAACUUUGUCGUCACACGUCGUUCCCGAGUAUUCCUCGCGGUAUUGUUUUCGGACUCUCAGGCUCGAGAUGAACAGCCGCGAUUGUUUGCAUGCUGCGUAUCUAUAUUUCGAUCCUGUGUGCCGCGUGUGAUCGUGUUGGGUCUCCUUUCAGAGGAACGAGAAAUGCGCGAUGUGUAUACGUGUGUGUAUGUAUGUGUGUGCGUGUCUAUGAGGAAACUGCAGGAUUCUAAGUACAUAUAUCGAGUGUGGUGCAAAAAAGCCCUCGGUCGGAAUUAUUAAUGCACUUUCUCGAGAGCGUGCGAUGAACUAGAUGAUUCGCCGCCGCUCGAGCAUCGAGCGCUUACAUAUAAGAGGGGGAGAGGAGGAAGCAAAUGCAAAACUCGCGUUUCUGCCUUACGCAGCUAUGCAGAACGACCUUAAUUACGUAAUACAAUCGAGUAGCGAGUCAGUCCGCGUUCCUCCUCCGUCGCUUCUUCACAGAAAAUGUGAUUUCACCUCGGAUUCCAUGGUUUGCAUGGCCGGCUAGAGGCGAGCGGGGAAUAUCGCGUUUUGAAAUAAUAGCCAAGUGUGCCCGCCGGCAUUUCUCUCCAUUAAUUAUUCCGUUUAGCUCGGAUCGCAACGAGAAGACGAUCUCGUGCGACGGCAAUGCCGACGUCGACUGUUAACACGCCACGAUGACGUUACGCAAAGCGAGAGGAACAGGAUCCCGCGUUCUCGUUCGACAUUACCGCCUGUUUACUUUGACGGAAACGAGAGAGAGAAGAAGAGAGACACGUAAUUCUGUCAUUACGGAACCAGUUUUUUUUCUUUUCGGGCGGUGCGACAAAAUUGUUCGCAAAUUGCGCGAACGCACAUGUUCGCCGAGGAAACGAGGCGUGAAACGAAGACCUAAGAUCAUCGACGACGCUUCGCUUCCGUCCCGAAUAAAGCGGUCGAUCGAGAAAUCUCUUGAGGGUCUCGCGUCGUAAUUAGCGUCGAAAUCACUCGUUAAUAAGCCGCCGAUGUGGGUUUAACCGGCAGGCGACUCGUCCGGUUUUUGUGCGAUUUAAUACACGGCUGCGGUCUUUGCGGUCGCAAAGACCGACGCUAAUCCACACCGGCGAUAAAUGCCCGCGUCGGUGCCGCACGUGUGCGGUAAAUGGAUCGCGCAUAGUUGGAGGCCGAUCGCUCAUUCGUGACGCAACUGAUUCCGGGAAACGAGAUCAAUUCCUUCUUCUUCCCUUUUCUUUUUUUUUUGUAAAUCCGCGCGGUCCGUCUAUUAUUAAUGGUUAUCUUUUGAGACAUUUCAGUCUGCGGUCUGAGAAGACUAAUGUGAUGUAGAUUAUCCUGCUUGGAUAUAAUUUCUUUCUCUUUAUUUUGUGACUUGCGGCAUGGAUAUUUGGUGUUUUUGGAAGAUGCAUAAUGGGACGUUGUCGCGUUGUUUUUCGCCACCAGUGUAAAUUAAACUACAUUCUCGAUAUAGUGAUUCAAUGGAGACAUUUUGAAAUUCAAAAUGGUGCAAAUUUCGAAGCAAUUUUCGAAAAAACUGUGAUUUAAAAGCAAUAAUUUCAGAUUUGUUGAUUCCCAUUAAAGAGUCCGAUAAAAUCGUUUGUUUCCACUUCGAUACGUUCGAGACUCGACUGUCCGCAUGAUGUAUCUGCGCUUUCAAAGCUUCGACAUGCACGACAGUUAAGAGGGAGAGAGAGAAUGUGAACGGUGGUCGGAGAACUUGAAUGAACCGCUCAAGAAGCUGACGCGCGCGCGCGCGUUGCGCGAGACGAUGUUAUCUGUAACGUGAGAAAAUAGGGUUUCUCAUUAACCGGUCUCUCGUUACGCGUGCAACGCAGACGCAUGCGAAUUGUACGUUCAUUGUUACCGGAGUACGCUGAACCGGUAUCGAGGAGGGAGGGGGAUAUUAAUAAAUAGGUCGCGAUCGCCAACCAAUAGCUGCGAAACCGCGUUCGUAUCGCGUCUUGAUUCCAGGCGAGGCAUUAUCAUCGGCGAUACGCGUAUACGAUUAACGGUUUGUUUUUAUUAUGCGGUUUAUCGAUCGCCGCGAGCAACGUCGAGCACGCGAACUUGCGUUUUUUUUGUUAUUGCGCUUGGCUGUUAUCGCGGUAGUAUUAACGGAUAGUUCUCCCAGUCGCGUAAGAAAUUCUUAUCAUUCUCUGUUUUCCGCAAACGAUUAUUAACAACACGCGAUUGAUCUUCCAGGAAACGUACGGUUUCGGUCGAAUAUGACGAGUGUUCCCAAGGACCUAUGUCGAAAAAUGUAGGGCGAGUUUCCCUACUCUACUCGCCGAGUUAAUUAUGACGAACGAAAUGAAUCGUAACGGCGCAUCUAUUAGUUGCUAAAACGAAAUUAUCGCGUACGCGAUAAUCGCGUUACAACGUUUAAGUAUAGUAAUAUAAUAGAAAGAUCGAAACUCGUUAGCAUCUCAAGCUAACGCGUAUGACGCUCAAGUGGCACGACAAACUUUCGAUGUUGGAAACCAGUCUUGCAGGAGAAGAAGCAAUCUUUGGCUUUAGUAACCACAAACGCGCCGACGCGGCUUGGAUAUUACGAGAGAGUCUUUUAAAUGCGGGGACGUGUGCAUGCGUAGCGCAAUGCGUAUUAUUUCAAAGAACACUCGAGAGAUAGAUAAUAAGAUGCUUGCGAGAGAGAGAGACUAGAGUAAACACUAGGAACUUUUAUGCUGGUCAUUUUGAAAUCUGACAACGAAAGGUAGAGAAAGAUGGAGAGAAUUCUACCUCUAAUUGUCGUCUCCUGUCGUUCACUACAAACUGCCAGCUUACGUCAUGAUAAUUCCUGUCAUUUUUCCUUCGACGACUUAUUGAAACGACUACAUUCAAAAUUGGAUAUGAUUCGCUGGAAUUUUGUUUCGUUCUUUUCGCGAAAAAUUACAAAAAUUUUAAUUAAAAUUUGUGAGAUAUAUUGUAUCAAUAUUAGGUGAAUGAUUCAGUGAAGAUACCAUUUUCGAAAUGCGAAAUUCAAAUUAGCAUUUUCCUUGCCUGGCAAUAAAGCGAUGAAUGCAAUUUCGCGAAACGGAGAAUCAGGAAAAGAAAACGGACAACGAUGACUCGUUCAUAGCGGUAAAUCAAUAAAGAUGUUUACAGGAACUCACGUUAAAAUAUAGCAAUUCGUCUCGACAGUUGGCGAAGAGAAGAAAAACGAUGGGAGAGGAUGUUACUUUCGCCGCUCGCGUUUGCGAGUUUCCCCAUCGCGUUCUUCUAGAACUUUACACUUUCAUCAGUAAUGCUUGUUAACUCGAGGAGUUUUUAAUGUAAUUCGAAGAAGAUUUGCAAACUCGAAUCGUAUCUAUUAAUAUACAACGAGUUUCGAAUAACUCUGGUUACGUAAACGGAUUCUCGAUUGCAUCCUUGAAACGGUAUUGUUGUUGCUCUCAGGAAUUUGAUCGAGACGAUGAUGAUCCUAGCGAAACCGCAUGAUUAUUUCGUGAUCCGCGAACGAAUUUGUCGUCGCAGCUCGCGCGCUGAAGCGUAAUCGCACGUGUUUACGCGUGGAUCCGCAACGAUGAACGAUACCGACGUAUUAAUUCCGACGGAACAUCGCUGUCCGCGUCGGGGAUUACGCAAGUAUCCCAGUAUCGACAAGAAAUUGUGGGAUGCGAGCAGCAGGUGGAUACUGCAGUGGGAUAACAUAGUGAAGCAUCCGGGUGCGCGGGCCAGGGGAUGUCACUGCGACAUACACAAACCGCCUUGGCUCUAUCCGGAUUUAGUGGGCAAAGACAACGACGAACCCGACAGAGCGAUCAAGUCGGCUCCCGUCAAGAGACUUAACAUGCCGCCGAAGAGGGGUCAGUUUGGACCCGCCAAGAUACCAACUUCUGCCUUAGCGCAAGCCGGAGCCGUCGACGAAGAAUGCUUCAUCGCUUCGUUCGAAGAUGUGCCUACCGUCAAUCUAUUUUCGGCGAAGGAUUUGGAGGAACAGAUGAAGAUUAUCAAAGAUACGGUGGGCGAUGAUAAGAAGGACUGGAAGCAGAGAAUGGACAGUAUGAAGAAAUUGAGGGGCAUUGUACUUGCAGGCGGCACGAAUUACGAAAAUUUUCACGAGUGCCUAAAGAACGUACAGCGACCGUUCGAACAGGCCUGCACCGACCUCAGGUCUCAGGUGGUCAGAGAAGCGUGUAUAACUCUAGCCUUUCUGAGUCAAAGCCUGAAAACCAAAUUUGCCAGUUUUGGCGAGGCGGUGCUGCUCACGUUAAUGAACCUCAUACAGAACAGUGCCAAGGUCGUGGCAUCGGCCGGCGCGGUGGCAGUUCGGUUUAUCCUUCAAAAUACCCAUUGCAGUCGUUAUGUGCCUAUAAUUAUGUCGUGCGUAAGCAACAAGAGCAAAGACAUACGCAGGGCGUCCUGGGAAUAUCUGACCCUAAUACUGCAGACUUGGCCUACGCAGAUACUGCAGAAGCACGUAACAGUAUUGCCGGAUGCGCUCAAGAAGGGUAUUGCGGAUUCUGAUUCAGAAGCGCGAGCCUUCGCCAGGAAAUCAUACUGGGCAUUUAAAAAUCACUUUCCAGAGCAGGCUGAAAUACUACUUAAUAACCUGGAUGCGACAUACAAACGCUCCUUGAUGUCUCUCAGUAAUAGCGGCAGUAGUAACAGCCUGAAUGUCGUGGCUAAUGCAAGAUCGUCGAGCGUUAGUCCACGUACAGCCAGACCCGUAAUGAGCGCGGCAGGUAGUACGGAAAAUUUGCAUCAGACCACAGGCCAGCCACACGGCCCGCUCAGACGUACCCCGUCCUUGCCACGGUCUUAUCGUCAGUCUGGUAUCCCGAUAUUGCAAAGACCAACAGACAGUCACUACCGUGGUACACCAGGAGGAGUUAGAUCUACCAGUGCAAUUGAUCUGCAAGCCGCUCAAAGGGCGAAGGCGAGGCUAAUGUACGCAAAUAUGAGUCGACAGAAAGCAGCAGCCCUUCCUCGUCCUAGUAAGAGUCCGGAUCCCAAUGCAGUUGCCAGCCCAGAGAGAAUCGCAAGGACGAGAACAAGAGUCUCGGGAGUUUCGCAAUCUCAACCUAGCAGUAGAUCGGGUUCCCCGUCGUCUAGAUUAAGCUACGCCACGUACAAUCGUGAAGGCGAAUCACUAAUUGGUAGACCGAGACGAUUAUCCGGGCACGGCAUCGGCAGCACUAGCAACAGCCGCGAACCUAGUCCACAGAGAUUCGGAAUGGACAGGAGCUUUGUGAGCAAACUGAGAGGGAGAAACGUGCACAUGUCGCCGACGGACAGCACGAGGCCGCCAGUGAUGGCGCAGAAAAUGCUGCAAAAGUCACGCGAGGCAGAGUCCGCUCUGGCAGAUGCUCUGACAUUUGACAGUAUUGAAAAUUACAGCAGGAUACCGGGCGGUAAGGGGGAUCACAGCGAUGACAGCGAGAACAGCAGCAUAUGUUCGGAACGGAGCAUAGAUGGUUUCAGACGGGCAAGUGAUUCGUUCUCAUGGAGUGGCUCUCAACCGAGACUAUACCGUGAUCUAUGGGAUCAAUCUAUCCCGAAGGACAUCAAAGAGAUUAUUGAGAACUGUGCUCACAAGCAUUGGGGAGAUAGGAAAGAAGGUUUAGUAAGCUUGCAGCAUUAUUUGAGUAGUGGAAAUACUCUUACAACGGCAGACUUGCGUAGAGUGACGGAUAUCUUUACGAAAAUGUUUAUGGAUUCUCACACGAAGGUGUUUAGUCUAUUCCUUGACACAUUGAACGAAUUGGUGAUUACUCACAACGAAGAUCUUGGCGAUUGGCUUUAUGUGUUAUGUGCAAGACUGCUGAAUAAAUUGGGCACCGAUCUGUUAGGAUCUAUACAAGCAAAGAUCCACAAAACGCUCGACGUUGUGAGAGACAAUUUCCCGGGCCAACAGCUUCUACCAGCCGUGAUGAGGUAUCUGACAGAUCCAACACAAACACCAAAUUCUCGCGUGAAAGUAGCAGCGUUGACUUUUAUCACGCAAAUCGCUGAAACGGCAGAACCGUCCGCGUUGGGCAGUUCUGCAGCGACAGCGCUCGCACGGCUACUCGACUGGUCGAAUGACGUUAAAAGCCAAGACGUAAGAAAGCACGCGCAAAACGCUGUGAUAUCGCUUUACAAUCUCAAUCCGCCUCAAGUUACCAUGAUACUCUCCGAUCUACCGAAAUAUUACCAAGAAACGGCCUGCCCCCUCGUGCAGAAUCAUCUGAGGAAAUCGUCUGGUGCAAGUAAUCCAGCGUCACCGGGCACGCCGCCGCCCAGAGCACAGAGUUCACCGGCUCGUACGAAACCGAAAAACGAAAUUAAAACGGAGGUAAAGACCGAAAUCGAUGGUGGAGAUGAAAACCUGGAGGAGGUGUACAAAUCUUUGCGACGCACAACCGCCGAGAUCCAGAAUUAUGGCUUCGAACGUUUGGAGAGAGCAACUACCAGCAAAGAUAGCGGAAUCAGCAACAUGGCCGACGUGGAGGAGAGAAUAGAAGGCCUCGCGUUAUCUAACUCGGGCCGAUCUUCAUCCGUUUCCUCACCAACGCAACGAGGACGAUCCGUCAGCAACAUAACGGUGAACGGAUCCGAUACGAUUGCUGGCGAUUUGAUUCUACCUCAAGAAAAUAACGGUUAUAAAACGCAUGGAUCAUCACCCGAUUCAACGAACAGACAACAAAUGGUAGAUGACGUGGUGAAAACUCUGCAAUCUAAGGUGGCCCAAACCACGGAGAAAGUAUCGGUGUUGCAAGAAUUUCAGUCAUACGUCCGCGAGGGCGACGCGUCGAACAUUAAACGAAACUUCAAGAAAGUGCUGAAAGUUCUGUUAGAUAGCUUAUCAAAUGAUGGCAAGGUAAUCCAAGUAGAAGUGCUUCAAACGUUGGUUGAGAUGCUUAGGUGCUCUGAAUUAGUAGAGUGUUUUUCAUCGUACAAUGAGCUACUGGUAUUGAAGGUCAUCUACGCCUACAAGUGCGACGAGCAAAAAGUCGAUUCUUCCGGCGGUAGUGGCAGCAGAUCACCGGUAAACUGGAACGCAGAGAAAUGCGCGGCAACAAUGGCUAUGGUUUUAAAGCCGGAACAAAUUAUCCACUUGGUCUCCACUAUAAUCGCUACGGAAUCGUAUCCAUUAAAUAUGGGCGCGAUAAAAAUGCUGCAUAAAGUGGUGGAACAUUGGGGUCGCGAGGCCAUCGAACCACACCUUGCCAAAGUUAUGCCGGGUCUUAUCAAGGCCUAUGACGAUGCCGAGAGCGCGGUUCGCAAAAGCGCAGUCUUUUGCAUGGUGGCAAUCCACGUGGCGGUUGGCGAGGAGGUGCUGAAGCCACACUUGAGCUGUCUGUAUUCCAGCAAACUGAAACUGCUGAACAUUUAUAUACAGCGCGCUCAUCAGCAGGCAAACAGUCAACCUGCGAGUCCGCGUAGCAAUAACAAGAAUUAACUAACAUCCACUACUACGACUCUCAGAGUCGCGAUACUCAAGAGAUUCGCCCGCUUCGGCAUGCGGCAUGAGCGAAUGCUCGUCAGCUUCCUCAGUAAGUCCGAUCCGUGACGAUGGUCCACGACGACGGUUUUAACAAUAUGACUUUGAAGGUUUUGAUACGAUAGAGACUGAUAGAGAUGAUGUACGUAUGCAUACGGAAUUUCGCGACGAGGUGCAUGCGACUUCGAGACGACAGUGAUGUCGCGCGUGGAAUCGUCAAACGAGUUGCAACAUUUAUCGAGUUACUGUUUAUUUGUAAGAAAAUAAAAGCGAAUGUUUUUUCAAUUGAAAGAGAGUUUAUGAAAAUUAGUAACAUGAGACUAUCUUACAUUUCCUGCUUCUAAUGUGAACCGUAUGAAAACUGAGAAAGCGCAUUUCUUCAGGAUUAUCUUCAGGAUAGAAAUCGUAAAGUUUUGAUGUGCACUAUGAAGAAAUUUUUAAUUGUAAGAUAGCAACGUAGAAUUGCAGACAAAUUCGUUAUACUUCAAAUGUUAUUGUAAACGUUAUUGUAAGAAUCAUAUGCGUAAAUCUAAUUUAGCUGUAAUUUGUUGUAUCUGCAUAUUUUUAUAGUUUUACAAGAAAACUUUUAAUGUUCUGAAAUUAUCUCGUCAAAUCAUUUUACUAUAACUAUACUUUUUUAUAAAUCAUAGUGUGAUUGUGUAAUAUGUAAUGCUAUACGUUAUAUGAUUGCCUAUGAUUAAUAUUAUUAAAAAUUUGCAGUAUGCGCAGGUUAAUUUAGUUUCUACAAUUUUAUGACUACUUACAAUUUAAAAAUUACAAAUUCUAUGCUGAAAAUACCAUAUUUUGUUAUAAUACUGGAAUAUCAAAAUUUGAAUAUUUAAACACUGUCAAAACUUUGCGAUUAAAUUCUCUGUGAUAUUAAAGAAGCGUGCUUUCAUAUUUGUAACGUAAUUUAUGAUGUGUUUUCCGUUACUGUGCAUGUUACAUACCACGGGAUUUGCGUCAGAAAAUGAUUUCAAUUGGCAAAUGUGUCUACAGGUUGUUCCAUGCUGGAAAAAGACACUGCAAAAUUAUUUUUGUAACGUUAUAUAGCUGUUUACAAAAUGGAUGAUUCUUUCAUUCGCUGAGUCUUCUAAUCAAUUUUUAUUUUCUUACUCCAACAGAUGACGAUUUAUCUACAUCUUGUUUUAUAAUGGAGAGUUAUAGUAUUCACAAAAUGCAGUAUUUUGAUGUAUAUACACGUCUGCAUCUCUACGAGCGCAAUAGUGCCGAAAUAUUUUCUUUUACAGUAUUGUAGCCCCUUCAUCAUCGUAAGAGACUCGUAAGACUCGGUAAAACGGACAAUGGCAAAAACAACGUGACAUCACUGUCUAUGAAUAACGAGUUCGAUAUCUCUCGUUAGUAUGCAACCGAAUAUCGAUCACACAGGCUACCAGCGAACGUUACGUUAAACACACACUGUAUGCUCGUUACUUGCGAAUAUCGAGAGUAAUCGGCGAUCCGGCGAUGGUGCACUAAGAGCAAAAGUGGGAAGGAAAGUGUGUAAUUUAUUUCGUUUGAAAAUCUACGUGCUAGUCAGAUUCCCAAGGAUGCACAAUGAAACGUAAAAGACACAAACGGCAUAGUCUUUUGUCAAACCAUGUUUAUACACACAAAUAAUACAGAUAAUACAAAAGAGUGAGAGAGUGAGAGAGGAAGACAGCGCUGUAAUGUAAAAGAAUGAGAGUUGUAUGACUGAGAUUAGCGCGUGUUUGAGAAGCAAGCUAGAUAAAGUAGUUGCGAUUAGCGAAACGAUCUGCUCGAGACUAACGUUAACACUUAAAACUAUUCAUCACGUUGCCAAUAAUCGAAGGAACGCUAAAUCAAACGCUAACUUAACGAGUUUAGUAACACUUUGUGCCAUUGUCGUUUCUGUUUACUCUGUAUAAGAGAAAAAAAUUAUAUAUUAUAUAUAUUAUAUAUGGAUCAUCCUUUGCCCUUUUCUUACUAUAUAUUUAGUCGGGAUAAGAUAAUAAAAUAAUUUUAUUAUAAAUUCGACGAAAAGAGAGAAAUUUUCUCAGAGAAGAUCAUUAAGAUAUUAUGUAAGCUAAUGAGGAAAUCGUUUUGGGAAUUCGUUAUCCGGCGUAAGUAUUGUCAAUACACCUGAGUAUAGUUGUAACUAAUGGAACGUACACGAACGUAUGUACACGUUGAUCGGCAGACGCUUUGUUGUAACGCGAAUCAUCUCAUGGUACCAUGAAUACAAUAAUUCGUUUCAGCGUGAUGACGCAGUAAUAAUUUACGUCUCGAAUACAAUACGGCCAACUAGUGCCAAAAAAAUGAAGCAAAAAUGGUGUGCAAACGAUUCGAUGUGGAGGAUUGAAGUAAAGAGGAAAAAAAUAUGACGGAUUGCGUAUUUCUUUUUACUUGGUGCCUUCGGCGUCGACGCGAUGCGAUUUGAUCGAAGAUUGUCUUUCAUCGUCACAUUUAGGAACAAUAUCGCAUAGUGCAGUCAUGAUAAACGAGAAAGAGAGGAAAGGAAGAGGAUACAGAAUUUUAACUGUUGCCGACGUGUCGUAUAAAUGAAAAAAAUCUUAUUAAUUAUUCUAGCGUAGCGGAUUUUAAAUGGAUUCGAUAUUUUUCCCAUUCUGUGCGAGAUGCCCCGAAUAGAAUAUAUUCGUUCUACGCGCCAUCCAUACACGCGUGUUAAUCUGCGCUUCUAUCAUACUUGAUUCGAAGGCUGAAUUACUGUCAAAACAAAUGUGGUUCACUAGCUUCCGAGGGAAGACACGACCGCGACGGAUCUUCAUCGAGGGGGAUUUUCGUUGCGUGUUGAACUCGAUCCAACUCCGCGCGGCGGUUUUAAUUGAUUGACGAAUUGAUUGCGCCCUUAAAAUCUGCUGAAAGUCCGCAGGCCAGCCAAUCUGUAGGUCAUGUGUGGAAUCAAAGGGCUCGAUAUCCGAGUCUGUAUUUUGUGAAUUUCAUGGCGAGCACGAUGUUAUAGCAUAUAUGCUACAAACGUAUGUGUAUAUGGAGCUUGCCAAGUUUUACGCACUUGUCCCUCAUUCGUAUAGGACACUUUGAUUCUGCCAGGAUGCGCCAGCACAUUGGUCGGUUUGAGAUUCGCUAGCUUUCGACAUGGUCUGAUGUGUAUCGCGUUUAUGUACAUAUAUACAUAUUAUACGACACGCGAGAUACAUAGAACUUGAUAUACUGAUAAUUAAAUAAUACUUUGAUAUUAGGUAGCUCAUCGUCACUGCCUGCAGCGUUGGUCGUGCUGAGGAUAAACGUGGCUCUUGCAACACAGCCCGACUCUGCGUGGUGAUCGUGUUUAAUCGAUUCGCUUGUUCUGUUAAGUUUUUGCGCGAGCGUUAUCAUCAUUAUAUCACAUUAUUACUAAUUGAUUAAUUAUUGUAUUACUAUUAUUAUUAUUACUAUUGUACCGACCUGCUCGACUUGCGUUGUAUCGUGUCGAUGCGUGUGUGAUAUACGUAAGAUACCACCUCUGUAACGUGCCGAGCGUUGCGAACGAUCCACGGCAACACUUUCCAUUUUCUCUUCCUCGUGCGAGUCUCGAAUCUCGCGUGGAUCGUUCGCGCGACGGAGAAGCUGUAGAACGUAAGGCUUCGUGUGCGUUAUCGUUUCAAUGAUUGUUGACCCGUUAUCCUCGAUGCGCAUAAAAUGAAAUCCUCUCGCCGAGAUGAGCGUUUCAUGCGAGUUCACCGCUACUGAUUUUCGCACCCCAAGCGUAUUCACGAGUCGCAGUAUUUUGUUCGUCCGCUUUGCGUAUAAAUAUCGAGGUGAUAUCGCUAUGUUUAUUAUCUCGACGCGCGAUUAUUAUUAACGGAACGUCGCGUGCACGAUGAUCGACCGAACGGCGGAUCCGCACGAUCCGCGGACACAUUUGCAACUCGAAUGGAAAAUUCGGAAACGGAAAGAUCGUCAAGUCCGUAAGCGAGAAAAGCGAAAGCGCGAGAUCCUUUCUCUCAGCGGCUCAGCGAGGAAGAGCCUGACUGCUGUAACAAUGGUGAAUUUUCUUUCUGUUCAAGAUGCAAGAGAAUGUAUUAUGCUAAUUAUUGUGCGUUCUUAUUGUCAAGGGAAUUACACCUGGAUUAUAUUAUUAUUAUAAAUCAUGGACUGGAUUCGUUUAUUGUUAAAAGAUCAAAAUCCAAGUUUACUGUUUCUAAUUUUCUUUUUGUUGCAUUUCAUUUGUCACGGCAAUUGAGAAUCUCUGGACUAAAUAAAAUUCCUCAAGAACUGCUCGCAACGGUAAAUUACGCUGCAAAUUACGUGCCUUGUGUGUUUUAUCGAAAUCAAUUUUGUAUAAAAUAGUUUUACUUUUUAUCAACUAUCAAAAGCCUAGUUCCAUGGUAUUACGCUCUUUUGGUUUAUAUUUGAUAUCUUCGUUCUUUUCUAACCACCCAUAAAGAUUUCAUCAAGACACUUAUGCGAAUGCGCAUGCGCCGCUUUGAAUUCGAAGAGUUUCUCGCGCAGUUUCCUCAGUCCGCGAUGGUCGCGCGUGCUGUGAUGCCUGUGAUGCGUGCACAAUGGUUCUUCUCGAGUCACGGCGACGUAUAUGUGAGUAUUGUCAUUAUUCAUCUCAUUAAUCGCCUUGGAACGUCGAAGCGUGAACGAUAUUUCAGUAAUUGCAACGCAACGCGCAUCGCGAGCGAGACGUAGUUGAGGCUCAGCUCGCAAAAUUCAUCAGUAAUUCCGAGUUAACCGGCUAAAUGCUUGGAAACGGACGCGACAACUUUUUAUUAAUUGAUUUGUAGGUUCUGAUCGAUCGAUCGGCGUAUCAUGUGACAUAGUUAACCUCGACUAUCAUUGUUCUGGUUACGAUUAUCUUGCAUAGCGGAUGUUGGAGAUCGCGCGCUCGUAGUCGCCAUAUUUCUAUCGUAACAUGUAUGUACAAGGUGUGCCGAAAACAUCGGGGGGAGAGAGACUUCCGAUGAUUUCGGAUCGCCGAUCGUAUUAUCGACUGCCCCAAUCUCAUCGUUUUCCGAGCGGUUUGCUUCUCUUUGAUCCCGUGAAACCAAACCGCGCGUAACGAGCUUGACGGGGAGACGCGGCGGAAAGAAAAAGAUUAUAAAGAAUAGUACUAUAUGAGGAGAGAAA